AUGGUAUUAAUUUAGAAAUAGAAUUAGAUAGAACAAGUGGAGUAGUAACUGGAGAAAAAAUGUAGUACAGGAAAAACUGGAAAGACUUAAAAGGAAUGUGAUAAUGUAUUUAAAAUUUUAGAAUAACAAAGUGAUGGAAGAUCAUGUAGAAUAAUAAAAAGACUCAUUGAAAUAAGGAAUAAUACCUCCAGUGAAUUUGAUAUAGCAAUAGGAAUAAUAGAUAACAAAAUUCACUGUACAAUAAGUUGAGGGAAGUAGACUAAUGGAUAUAAGCAAUAAAAAGAAAAUAUCAUUACAAGUUUUUUGA